AGAUAAGAGCAAGCUGGGCCUGUAGACGCGCGCGCUUCUGCUUUGGGCCGCGACCGCAAAGAGACAACUGUAGCCCGGCCCCUUUGCUGUGGAGCUGGAAGGCCUGGCAUGCGAAAUAUGUACUCUUGUUGCUCUCUUUGCCCGGUGGGUUUGGAUGAACGCAGCAGGUUUAGGGAACAGGGGCCUCCGCGAUGUGUUUGCCGCGCAACUGUGCUGCCCAAUUCGCGGGUUGCGACCUUGGCCUCUAUUGUGGGGUCUCUGCUGCACUUCUAACCUAACUUCUUGAACACAACGCAAAUUCAGCCACUUAGCAAGACCGUCUUUGAACCCCAGGGCCAAAGAAGAUGUGUUCUUCACUUUCUCACCAGGCGCACACGCAACAGGGCUUGGCCGGCCGCGCGUUUCCGCUUGCUGGCGCACAAAUGCUAGGCGCGCCAUCAGUGGAGCUGCUACUAAAGGCGCUGCAACGCGGGCGCUCGCGAGCUCCGGACUCCGCUCUCACAUCGUUUCAGCUAAGGGCCGUAAGCUCGGCUGGCGGGCGCACGACUAGGCCGGUGUCGGACCGGCCACCGUGCUUCGACCUACGCUCCCGAACAGCAUCUGGAGCCAGUAGCGAGGACGAGUGGGGAGACUUCGUGUCAGCGGCCGACGGGGAUUCCUGGGGCGACUUUGUGUCCGCGGCUUCUGGCCCCGACGGUGACACACCGCGGCCCGCAAGCCCCACCGGCAGCCGGUCCUCGGAAGCGGCGACCUCCGCCGGCAGCGAUACCCCCGUGGACUCCCGCCGUUGCAGCAGCGAUAGCAUGGGCCGCUCGUACAGCGGCUGCCAGACGCCUUCAACAUCCAGUGGCAUCUCGAUGUCGUCUUCACCAGCAGGCGGCAGUGUCAACAGCGGCAGCGGCGGUGGCUGGGCUGGGGGCAUUCGCGCCAUGAUGGCGAGUUUCAAGGCCAAGCAGCGCGCGGCAGAGCAGGCUGAGGAGGCGCGUAUUGCCAAGGAGGAGGCGGAGGCCGCGGCAGCCCGGGCGCAUGAGGAGGCCGUGGCUGCGCUGAUGCGCAACGGCGCUACCCGGCCGCAGGCUGAGGCGCUGGUACGGCGGCGGCGCAGCGAGGCGCAACGCCUGGGGAACCGCUCUUUGAAGCGGCUGCCCCGGCAGGCGCAGGAGAUUGAGGGCGAGAAGGUGCAGGAGGGGGCAUGUGCUGCGGCGCUGCGGCGCGAGCUGGCUGUGGUGGCGCACCAGGCGAGCCUGUUCGGAGGGUUCCGGUGAGGUGGCCACCAGUGCUCAUCACCUGCCAUGCGGUGUCACACACAUGCAACGGUGCAACGCGACAUGUAAAAGCGUAGAACACGGAGAUUCAAAGAGAAGUGGGGUGGAUAGAACGAUUGGUACCUCUUGGCAGCUACUGACCUUGAGAAAGAACUGCGGUGAUUUGUGAUCCUGAAAGCAUGUGGCUGGCUGAAAUCUUGAUUGAGUAGAUGGUAUUGGGACCUUGGUGAUUGGUAUGGUAUUGGCAGCGACUGCAAGGGGAAAGUCGUCACUUGUGAUUUUGUGAUACCUGUUUUGUCUUGUUGAGUUUGGCUGUUUGGGUUUUUGGGGACUCGGUGUUGUGUGACCACUACCGGGGCUAUGACUACUGCUGAGCGUGUGACCCAGGGGGAUGGAUCCAUGAGCCCACGCAGGGCCUUUGGGAGACUGGUUCAGGUGCCGGAAUGAUUCAAAUGGAAAGAGCUUGGCGAUAGCGUUCAGAAUCUACUUGCAGAGUUGUGAUCAUGUGAGUAAUUGAGAAUGUAAGUCAUAGGCCCC